AUGGCGGAAGGAGGCGACCCGGCCCCCGGGGUUUCUUCUUCGCCUUCUGACUCUCCUCUCUCUCCCGUAGUUCCUCCUCUUGUUUCGGCCUCUCCCACGCUUGCGGAGGCGUCUGAUGAGGCGGAAAACUCCCACCUUCCAUUUCAUAGCAACCCUGAGAACGGCGCGACGGUGCCCAUGGAAACGCAUCUCGAAUCGCACUCCGACGAGGAAAGCGAGGCGCGUCAUGCCGCGGCAGACAGCCACGCAGAGUCCCAACACAGCCGUUAUGACGCGCGUGGCUCUGCAAGGAUAGAGGAAGGCGAACGAGGCGAUCCCGCACGUCUCUCGCCGCGUGCAAGCGGCGACGAUGGCGCGCCGGAAGAGUGCUUCAGAGAGGCGGGGGGCGACGAAACAGUGGAGACACAGAUGCUGGGACAGGCUGCGGACGAAGAAUGGGCGCGCCGCUCGGUACGCGCCUGCGACAGCGACAGCGAGGAUGAUGGCGUCGCUUCCUCCUGUUCAGGCGCUCCCUCCUGCGUGGACAGAGACAACAAGAUCCGCGGCUGGUCGGGUGAACAGGCGGAGAAUCGGGGUGGAUUCGAUGCAGCGGCAAACGGCGUAGGGCGUGCGAGUGACGCAGAGGAAGCUGGCAAGGCCGCAGACGAGGAUGGAAAACGGGAGGACGGCGACGGCAUGGUGUGCGACUGGCGAGGGGGCGAGCGACCGCAGAGCCACGACGCUGAAGGGGCUGCGGAGCAAGACAAGAGCGGAUGUCAGGCUGGAGAGGAGGCCAAUCCAAUUCGAGACGACUACGGCGAAGCGACAGAAGCCAUCCAUCGAGACCUCACCUCGACCCUGCCUCCGGACGCUCGGCGACGCGUCCAGGCAGAGACCGAGGAACUCGGCGGAAAGCGGAUGAGCUCAAGGCAGGCGUUGAGGAACCGGGACGCGGAAGAAGAAGAGAGAAGCCCCAGCGAUGAGGAAGAAACCGGCGGAGAGGGUAGAGAAGAGAAAGGGGCUGUUGAUGUUGAACUGGAUGACGGACGCGAAUGCCGUGACCACGAGCCAGCGCCGAGGCUCCUCCGCUACCAUCGGAGUUUCGGCGACCCGCUGCCUGAAAGUCCAAAGCGCGCCCGAGUGGCAACGCGCUUUCCCGCCUACGUGGACGGCUUCAGCACGCGCUUCUACGAAUCGCCGUUCUACCGCGUUGACCGCGAAGACUCCUCGGAAAACGCUGACGAACCUCCGGACUUCUUCGCGUCCUCGCCUCCUCUGUUUCCGCCGCAUUACGGCUCUCGGGACGGCUUCUCGUUCUCGGGCAGUGCCCCCCUUGCCGGUCAAGGCGCGGCAACCGUCCCUCCGCCAUCGCCGCCGCUGUCGCCAGUUCUGCGCUACGAGGAAGAGAUCCACAAACGCAUCGCCACCGCGUCUGCCUCCUUGCCAGUCCCUGUGGGGUCUCCAAGCCCCGCAGGCGCCUCGGCCGCCCCCGAGGCUUCGACGCCCCGCCGGGGCUCUGCGGGCUGCCUGGGCUCUCCGCCGGAUUCUGCGCGGUCUGCCUCGCCCUCGGAGGCGUCCGUCGGGAGCGAAGAUUCGUUUGCGCGUCUGGUGGCGCGCGCGAGCAGGACGGCUGACCGGUAUCCAACUGCGCUGAACGAGGCGGAGCUUCUGCCGCCGUUUGCAAACGCGACGAACCGGCGCGUUCACCAGGAGAUUUUGGAGCUGCGGGCGAAGACGAACGCGCUGAAUAUGCGGCUCGCCGAGAGAGCGGACCGCAGCAAGCUGGUCGCCGCUCAUCUGCGGCAGCUGCGUGCGGAGGCGAAGACGCUGGAGCACAUCCUCGCGGCCAGGUCGCAGAGUGUCGCCAGCGAGCGCCUCCUCGCAGAUCUCCAUCAACGCCACCACGGAAAGAUCGCCAGCGAGCGAAAGCAACUGCAGGGUGAACUCCACGCGCUGCAGGAGCGGCUGCUCGCUGUCCAGGCCGAAGCCCGCGCAGGCGGCGCCGAGAUGGACGCCUUCAAACUCAAAAUGAACUGGAACGAAGACGAACUGCAACAGUGGGUUGCGGCAGAGAGACAGAAGGAGCGUGAUCGCCUGGAGGUUGAGCGCCUGCAACGCGAAGACGAGCGCGAGGUGAAGCAGCUGAAUCUGCAAGUCGAGAAACUCAGCGCGGAGACCAGCGAGAAGAAGCGAGAGCUCCACGGCCGCGCCACGGACGCGCAGGCCCUCCAGGUGCAGCUGCAGACGACGGCCAAACACUUCCGCACCAUCCAGCAGGACCGGCUCCAAGUGAUUGAGCAGUGGGAAGCUGCGCUCGAGGGCAUGCGUCAGCGCGACGAAGCCAUCAAAGCGGCCGCUGCGCGAUACGAUGUGGCGCAGGAGGAAGUGCGGAAGAAGCUUGACCAGCUCGCGCAUCUUCGAAGCUUCUCGGCUGACCAGCGCGCGGCAAACGCAGAUCUGGCGAAAGAGCUGCAGCAGCUCGAAAAGAAAAUCGAGAAGGUUCAACACGAGUUCGCCCAGGCCAAGAUGCGGCUGGUGGAGAUCCACGAGGCUGGCGAGGAAGCUCGGUCUCAGUUGUCUGCGGCAGCGUCGAGCGCGUUCAGAAGCAAAGCGGAGAUCGCGCAUUUGAAUUCGCUUCUCGAGGGUAAGCGUCAGGCGCUGGAUGCGCUGACGCAUCGGCGGGUGCAGAUGAAGAAGAGAUUCGAGAACGAGCUCGCGAACUCGCAGGAGCGCGACGAUGGCCUCCAGCAAGCGGAGGCCUUCUGCAGGCAGGUUGAAGCCUUGUGUCAGAGUCUCGAGAAGCAGUUGAAGAAGGGUCGCGACGAGCUCUUCGAGGCUGCCCAGCAGCACGCCGCUCAGGAGACGCUCCAACACACCACGCAAACGGAGAUACGCAGCUCCGAGGCUGCGCUGAAGAACCUCGGGACGCAGCUGACGCGGCUCGAUCAGGAGCGCCAGCGUCAGCAGGAGCUGCUCUACGCAGUGGAGUAUCAGUCGCAGCUGAUGCAGCGGAAGGUCUCUCGCGCGGCGGGCGUUCGCGGCGUGGCGGAGAAGAAGGAGCUGAAGGCGAAAAUUGAAAAACUCGAGACGAUUCUCGCCGAUCAGACUCAGCAGUGUCAGAUGCUCCACUCCCAGAUGAAGCGCCUCGAGAGCGAACUGAGAAAGUCUCAACGUGUGCUUCAAACACGCCAGGCGGCUGCCGCGUCGCUGGCGAGCGCAGUGGCAGACUUGGGGGUCGAGUGCGAGUUCUUCACGCGCGAAGUGCACAACACGCAGAGGGAGAAGGAGCUGAUCACGGUCGAGCAGGACACGCUGAAACUGGAUGCGCGCCGCCUGCGCGAGCAGUUGCGGGCGCAGACGGAGGCUCUGACUGAGGCGGAGAAUGGGAAGCUUCAGACGCAGCAGACAAUAGAGGAGGAGAUUUUAAAGGCCGAGCACAGGCUGGAGAUUGCCAAGACUGCAGCACGGGCUGUGGCUGAGGAGAGGCACCGCCUGGCGCUGGAGACUGCAUCUCGCAAGGCAAAAAUAGCGAAUCUCGAAAGCAAGUAUGCCGUCAUUGUUCAGAAAAUCAAGCAGGUCGACGGCGACGGGGGCACGGAGCGGUCUCAGGUGUAUUACAUCAUCAAAGCUGGUCAGGAGAAAGCCGAGCUUCAGCGCAUAGGCGACGAGCUCGACCGGAGGAUUCGAAAUGCGGAGUCUGAAAUCCGCGCCCUCGCGCUCACGCUCGAGCAGCUGAGGGCGACCAAUGGCCGCUUCAAGCAUGCAUUGAGCGAAGAGACGGGGUUUGUUAAGAAUCAGAGAGCUCGCCGAGAUGAACUCGAGAAGAGAGUCCACGAUGCUCACAAUGCGAAAUUCGAAAAGCAUCAGCACCUACAGGGCCUACGAGGCGAGCUUGAGGCCGAGCGAGCCAGAAUGCAGGAAGCAGAAAAAUAUUUCGAGGUCCUCGUGGCGCAGAAACAGACCGCACUUGUCGCCCUGGAGGCCUUGCGCCACGAAGUAGCCGGUCAACACGAGAAGCUGCGCCGCGCAGCGGAGCGCCAUCGACACACGCUGAAACGCGCCCGCCAGAACAAUAUCCUGCCACCCCACGCAGCCGACGCCGCUGCGCCGCGUCCCGCCUCGCCUUCCUUUGCGCUAGGGUUCGACCCCACGACGCAGACAAACGUCGAGAUGGAGCCUCACCUCGAGAGCCUCAAACACCAUCUCGACGCGCUCCGAAGAGUGAUGGCGUACGGACAGUGA